CCGGCUGUAUAUGUACUUGGCCAACGGUGGGUGGCGAAAAACACGAAAAAAGUUGUUUAAAUCGAAACGAAAAGGAAUCGGGGAUGCCAGUGUUUCAGUGGUUGUGAAAACUCGUCGAGAGAUGUCACACAUUGGAGCCGUGCAACCCCGCCGCAACUCCAACCCAGCCAACAGCCAAUGAUGUGAUGCAGUUGCGCCUGGAAACCACAACCUGCCAGUAGUUGGGUCACCACAAUCACAAUCAUACACACAGCGCCAAACCACAAGCCAGCCCCCCGAUGAGCUGGCUGCUCCUGGGGCUUCCGCUCCUGGGGGUCCUGUGGCUCCUCUGGCUGCCCGGCGAGCUGCUGGCCAUUCCCACGCCGCUGAAGUUGCCAGGCUACACCCACAAGCUAACCCCCUACAUCAAGCAUUGGGAGGCGGCGAACUUCGAUCGCGAGGUGCUGCAGGCAGCACAAAUCCGACAUCUGGAACAGGCUCGCUACCGGAAGAAGCGCCAAGUGGACCCCAGCACAUCGAGUGGACUGGCUCACACCAUUCGCUUGAAUUUCUCCGCCCACGACAGAGAUUUUCGCCUUGUGCUGCGUCAACAGCCUCAUUCGGUGUUCGCCCACGAUGUCGAGAUCGAGAACACUCUCGGUCCCAUCGACUACGAUGUCUCGCGGAUAUACACGGGCAGCCUGGAGGAUGACGAGGCAGCUCACGUGCAGGCCAUUCUGACCAGCGAUAACCUCCUGGAUGGGACGAUAGAGACCCAGGCGGAGCACUAUUACAUCGAGCCAGCGCAGCGUUACUCACAGCAGCUGGCCGAGAGUGGAGUCCACAGCAUAGUCUAUAAGUUAAGUGAUGUAAAUAUGCAGAAGGAGCAGUUCACUGGCGGAGGUGUUAGUUCCGCGACGCCUGCGAAGACGCACUGCGCCAGUGAAAAGCUGAGAAAAAAGCGAUGGCUGCCAGAGGAGUUGGCCAUGUCAGAUGGUCCGGCACCCACGUAUAAUCGCAAUCCGCCCCUGCCAUUGGAUUUGGAGGUGCCCUAUAAUGACGACUUCCGCGUACUGGCCUCCGAGGAGGACAAGAGCGAGGAAUCGCCGCCGAGAAAGCACCCGACUACAUCCACGACCAGGAGCACAGGGCGCAGUACGGAGAGUUUUCUGGCCACGCUGACGAAGCCCACGUCGAACCGCAAUAUACUUGUAAAUAACUACAAUCCCUCCAAUGUCGGCGAGGGCAGUCGCAGCUAUAAUACCAACAGCAAUAAUAAUAACAAUAACAACAACAACAAUAACAAUAACAAUGUGCGAAAGUUGUAUACAAAGCACAAGAACAUCAUUGUGAGCACAUACAAUCGGCCCAUCGAGCCGGAAUUUGGAACGCCAUACGAGGAGCCCAAUAACAAUGGAAGCAGUGGGAACCUGCCCAGCAACUUCUUCAACGCCAACUGGACAACGCUCUUCCUGGGAAACAACAACAAUGGCAACGAUCGGCCCAGCCAUAAGACGCACGUUGAAAUCAUCACCAAGAACGGAGCUACCAAGAAGCCGAACAUCAUAGUGAAUAACUACAAUCCGGAGAUUAUAUUCGCCCCCAACCCGCACAAUCCGAGCUUCAACACCAUGCUCAUGACCAAUCUGCUGAGCGGUCGGGGAGAUGAUAUUCACAGUUCGCCAAGGCUGCUCUACGACCGGAAGACCACUUGUAUGCUAUAUUUACAGGCGGAUCACACAUUCUUCCAGAAAAUGGGUUCGGAUGAGGCAUCCAUUGAGGCCAUAACGCGCCAUGUGCAGCGGGCGAAUUCCAUUUACCGGAACACCGACUUUAAUAACGAUGGGAAGCCGGACAACAUCACCUUCAUGAUUAAGCGCAUCAAAGUGCACAACAUGAACGCCAUGAAGGAUCCCAGCUAUCGGUUUCCCGGCAACUAUGGCGUGGAAAAGUUCCUGGAACUGUUUUCGGAGGAGGAUUACGAUGCCUUUUGCCUGGCCUAUAUGUUUACAUACCGGGACUUUGAGAUGGGUACCUUGGGCCUGGCCUGGACCGGUGACCUGAAGAACGCUGGUGGAGUGUGCGAGAAAAAUGGGCAUUACCGGGGAUCCCUGAAAUCCCUAAACACAGGAAUAGUCACAUUGCUAAACUAUGGCAAGCAUGUGCCGCCUGCCGUUUCCCACGUGACCCUGGCCCACGAAAUAGGCCAUAAUUUUGGAUCACCGCACGAUCCUGAGCAGUGUACACCUGGUGGCGAAGACGGAAACUUCAUUAUGUUCGCCCGUGCGACCUCCGGUGACAAGAAGAACAACAACAAAUUCAGUACCUGCUCCUUGAAGUCCAUAGAACCUGUGCUAAACGCCAAGGCCAGGUCGAUGAAGGGUUGCUUCACCGAACCGCAGUCCUCGAUUUGUGGCAAUGGAGUGGUGGAGCCGGGGGAGCAGUGCGACUGUGGCUGGGAGGAAGACUGUAAGGACUCCUGCUGUUUUCCCAUGUCGCGUCAGCCUAGGCUGGACGAAACCCCCUGCACGUUGACUCCCCAUGCCCGGUGCAGUCCUUCCCAAGGACCUUGCUGCACAACUGACUGCAAGCUGAAGUUUGGCGACAAGUGUCGGGAUGACAACGGCUGUCGGGAUCCUUCCUUCUGCGAUGGCCGAGUUCCCCAAUGCCCUCCGUCUGUUAACAAGCCCAAUAAGACGAUUUGCAACAAGGAAUUCGUUUGCUACAUGGGCGACUGCACGGGCAGCAUCUGUCUGGCUUACGGCUUGGAAUCUUGUCAGUGCAUCCCCGGACCACAAGACGAUCGCAUCAAAUCCUGUGAGCUGUGCUGCAAGCUGCCGGGCGAAGAUAAUCCGUGCCGGAGUUCUUUCGAGUGGAAUGAAGCUCCCUUCGAUGUGCCUGAUAUGUACUCCAAGCCGGGAACUCCCUGCAAUGAUUACAAUGGGUACUGCGAUGUCUUUCAGAAGUGCCGCGAAGUGGAUCCCUCGGGUCCUCUGGCGACUCUGCGUAAGCUUUUGCUUUCCGAGGAGAGUAUCGCCACUUUCAAGAAGUGGAUGCAGGAGAACUGGUACACAGUAGCACUGGCGGCCAUCGGAGUCAUUAUGCUUAUGGCUCUGAGCACAAAGCUGCUGGCGAAACGCUCGAAUCUGAAGCUUAAAUCUGUGACAAUUAUCCACAGUGCCACUACGGAGACAGUGCGACUUCCAGAAAACAACAAUGGAGUCAUAGUUCACACAGCCGUGAGGACCAAGGUACCAUUCAAGAAGAAGGUGCGUGGAGAACGUAGCAAGAAACCAGGAGCCGGAGCUGGAAUAGGAGCUGUGACAGGGGCCUCUGCAACUGCUGGAAUUGCUUCUCGGGGAGCCAAUAAAAUCAGUUCCACUGCGGAGCCAAAGAAGUCAACACGGUCCCAGGCAAUAGCCAAGAAGAAAUCCCUCGAGGAAGAGCCGAAAAAAUCCAACAAGAAACUGGGCAAGCACAUGAAGGAAAUUAUAGACUACUCACACCGCAACAACAAUGGGGACGACGCCUCUAAUCUCUCCACGACCAACAACCACACCAACACCUUCGGCAAGGUUCAAAAGUGGCUACUGGAGUCGCCCAUAGUGGCGCAGCCCUUGUCCCAUAUCGAGCACAGCUCCCGAGUUCGCAAAGUUAUGAGCAAAUCGCAAUCGACGCCGGAGAGAUUGGUGCAGAAGACUCCCCAGAAAACCAAGUCCAUGGGAAAUCUAUCCAACGAGAAGGUUAAGCUGCAGGUGGUCUACAAACCACCGUUCAAGUUUUCAUUGAAAUUGUCCAAGAAACCGAAAGUUAAAACCCACGUGGUUGGCGGUCGUCCAAAGCGAAACCAGAAGGCGAGUACCCGACCAGCAGGGCCGUCCACCUCAAAGGAUAUUUCUCUGCGAGCCAAGAGGAGCGCCCUGUUGCUCUGCAACGAGGCGGAAGACGACAACCAGAUCCUCACCCUCAACGAGCCCAACUACGAGACCUUAAAACCACCCACGCCUCCGCGCUCGAUGGAGCACUGCUAUGAGAAUGUGGACAUGCAGGCAGAGGCUUCAGCUUCCACUUCGAACUCGAAGCCCAGCAGCAGCAGCAAGGUGGCGCCCAGUAGCCAAAAUAGAGGCAGUUUGGAGGCAGCUCCCCCAGCGGUACCAGUUCCUGCUCAGCGCAGCUCCUACCGGCGAUCCAACUCCCUCUCAGCUCACAACCCCUUUGCGGCGGCUCCGCGUCGAAGUAGCAGCAAGGCUAGUGGAUCCGUGAAUCUCACGAGAAACUUUGGCAGCACCCAGAACCUGAUCAAUCUAAGUCAAAAUCUGGCGAAAACCAAAAAGCGCAGUAGUCUCAAUCUGAAAGCCAACGGCAGUGGAGCAGCUAGAAGCGGGAAAGACCCUCCAACACCUGCGGCGGCAUCACCCCAGAAACGCUCCUCUUCUAAUGCCAAUCUUCGAAGGGAUAGUAGCGCUUCCAGUUCCAAAGCCGCGCCAGUCCCUCCGACAAGAAGCUCACGGAACAGCUUCAGCAACAUUCCAAGAGCCAGUUUAGGGGGAGGAAAUGGUAACACCACUAACCCAGGGGCUCCGCCUAGUUUUUCGCGCCAAUCUUCCAGCAGCACGGCCACCAGCAGCUCCUCGAACACGCCAGGAGUAAACGCCGGAGUGGCAUUGCAGCAAUCCGCCUCGACGAGCGCCAUGCAACGUCAACCAGCUGCACAACCAAUGAGGAGAAGUCUUCACAAUUUCCGGGCACGCCCAGGAGCACCAACAGCAUCAGCAACAGGAAGAUCAGGCGGAGCAGCCGCAGCCGCAGUAGCAGCAUCUGCAGCACCAUCAACAGAGAACAACGAACUGCCUUCGGAUCUAGAGGUGGCCAUUUCCGAUGUGGAGAACCUAGUUAGCUAAGGGCGGCGAUAACGAAGAUGCAGUUCCAGUUUUCAAAACCAACCAAGUGAAAGUGAUAAGUCUUAAUGUUAGUUAUACAAAUUGUCGCAUAGGUUUACUUGCAUACAUAUACAUAUGUAUUUGUACAUACAUUAUAUAUAUGUGUACUUUACACUGCCUUAAACUUGCCGUUUCUGCUGAAUAUGUGAAAUACCACGCCCACACACGUAACCACACACACAAAAGACACUCACCCAUGCCAUCCUCGCGUCCCAAAUCCGACCAAGGCUCGCACCACCUCGAAUGCAUCACUGGCUCAUCCAAUCAUCCGCUUACCCACUUGCCAGCUCACCCACUCACCCACUGAAGCCACCGCAAUCCAAACCGCCAGCCGCACUCACCGCACUUUGUACCUUCUACUGUUUACUGUUGUAUUGUAUUGUGUAGACCCCCAUCCACCCCCAGUUUCCUAUUUCUGAGCUUAAACUGGUUUAGUGGAAAUUAAAAAUUUUAACAUCGUAUAGUAGAUAUUCAAAUCGACAAUAGUGAAAGUUUUUGCCUUGAUUCCAUAGCUCUAAAAUAUUGGACAGAUUCCUUAUCUACCAGAGGCUUUAUAUAUUAUACAUUACUGUUCCUGAUUCCUAGCUAUAUUAUUUUUAUUCAAC